AUGACCGUCUUCCAAGGCACGCACGGACUCGGUACCGCCGGGGCUUUGGACAACGGUCACAGCGCCACGCAAUUGGCGCAAGGCUGGAACGAAACAGUUAUUAUGCGAGGCACUUUCUGGCGGAUGUUAGACGAUGGCGAAUUACGAACUCAUGAACGCAGAUGCCAAUGCCCUAAAGCCCGUUUCCAGCCAGGGCGCAAACUUCCGAAAACAAGUACAAACUCAUACGCGCUCGAACUCCAAAUCAUUUUCAAAAUCUCCUCUCCCUCUUCUACUGCUCUCUGGACUCGCAACUACCGCUCUUCUUCUCUCUACUGCUUGGAUCUCUCAAGCCAAGUUCUCCACGAGCUCGACGCUCACGCUUCUUCGAUUCUCACAAGGACUUUUGUCUACAUGCGCUACACUUGCGCUUGCAAAACGGCCAACUUAAGACUUUCACUCACGGUCGCCGUUUUAUUGUCGGGUGUCCUUCUUUUUGCAAACACGUUACUUGUCACCGGCUAUGACGCCGUAUAUACAUACGAUGUGACUGCCGGCGUUGGCCAGUUCAAUGGCUCAUUCGUCACCCCUUAUAUCCAAAAGCUCCAGAAUCUCUCCCCAGAGUAUCCAUAUCGAGUCGUGCCAUAUACAGCUCUGUCCACCGUCUAUAGCCUGAUUGUCAAUCCGAUGCAUUCGUCGAUCAGCCGCCCAAUUGCCUGUGACGAUGCCGACUGUGAUUCAUAUUUGCUAAGCGGCGGGCUUAUUAUGACGACUCCGUGGCCUCCUACUAGCCACCCUUCAGAUCCUGUAAUACAAAUAUACGACGUGCAGUCAGCCCAAAUGGAGUUCAGGCGCAACAUAGAGGAAGGAGAUGGGUUCGUGGAUGGCGAUUGCACCGUUUUUGGCGAUGAAAUUUCGGUCAUCGGGAUAAGACUGUGUUUGGCAAAUAGCCGCAAAAACAGUGGAUCAGUGAUAGCUGGUAGUCGCAAAGCCGAUAUUGUGGCAUCUCGCACAAAUUAUAGCAUUACUUCAAUCUCGAAUCUUGGAAAACCGAUUCGUAACCCUGAUAUCGACCUUGUUGGCUAUAAAGCGGCCCUUGGCUGGCUUUUGGAUUAUAAAGCUGCGAACAUUCCUGCCACAUCCUCGAUUGCAGAGCAUUUCUGGAGCACCCAAGCACAACUUGGCAACGAAUACUGGUCUCGCGAAUUAUACCAAACGUUUCAGAGCAUUUUGGCCUUCCCGCUCUGGAAAUUCAACCCGAAUAACUUCGGCAACACAGAGUUAUCAGCGCAAAACAUCACUGCUUCUCUACCGCCAGAGUUUCAUACAAAAGCCUCCAUUGCUUCUCCGUACACGAGAAUAUUGGUGAACAGAUCCAUGUUUAUUGCCUUUAUGGUUUUACAGCUUCUGGUGCUUUCAGUCAUCUGGACUGUGAUUCUGUGGUUGGCAAUUACACAUCCGAUCUUGCCAGAAAUCUCUUCUUAUCCGCUCUUUGAUUUCAUGUUCAAAACUAGAUAUACAGCGCCGUUCGACCCACCUUCAGCGCACGAAACGUCGGACACGUCACUGGAACCGUUGCUGGAAACCGACGACAAAGACAUUCUUUCUGUGUUGAACGGGUUGAAACUCUUCUUACAGGGUAAAGGCCCUGGAUUGGAUUCCGAAUGGAGUCCCAGUACCAUUUACAGCGUCUUUUUCAGCAAUACACUAGAAGCAGAAACAUGGGAGAAUUAA